AUGGACGUGGACGUAGACGUGGAAGUGGACGUGAACGUGGACGUAGAAAUGGACGUGGACGUGGACGUGGACGUGGACGUGGACGUGGAAAUGGACGUGGACGUGGACGUCGAAAUGGACGUGGACGUGGACGUGGACGUGGACGUGGACGUAGAACUGGACGUGGACGUAGAAAUGGACGUGGACGUAGAAAUGGACGUGGACGUGGACGUGGUUGUGGACGUGGACGUGGACGUGGAGGUGGAAGUGGACGUGGACGUGGACGUGGAAGUGGACGUGGACGUGGACGUGGAGGUAGACGUGGACGUGGACGUGGAGGUGGACGUGGACAUGGACGUGGACGUGGACGUGGACCUGGACAUGGACGUGGACGUGGACGUCGAAAUGGACGUGGACGUGGACGUGGACGUGGACGUGGACGUAGAAAUGGACGUGGACGUGGACGUGGACAUGGACGUGGACGUGGACGUGGACAUGAACAUGGACGUGGACAUGGACAUGGACAUGGACGUGGACGUGGACAUGGACGUGGACGUGGACGUGGACGUGGACGUAGAAAUGGACGUGGACGUGGACGUGGACGUGGACAUGGACGUGGACGUGGACGUGGACGUGGACGUGGACGUCGAAGUGGACGUGGACGUGGACCUGGACCUGGACGUGGACCUGGACGUAGAAAUGGACGUGGACGUGGACGUGGACGUGGACGUGGACGUGGACAUGGACGUGGACGUGGAAGUGGACGUGGACGUGGACGUAGAAAUGGACGUGGACGUGGACGUGGACGUGGACGUGGACGUGGAAGUGGACGUGGACGUGGACGUAGAAAUGGACGUGGACGUGGACGUAGACGUGGACGUGGACGUGGACGUGGACGUGGACGUGGAAAUGGACGUGGAAGUGGACGUGGACGUAGAAAUGGACGUGGACGUGGACGUGGACGUGGACAUGGACGUGGACGUGGACGUGGACGUGGACGUCGAAGUGGAUGUGGACGUGGACCUGGACCUGGACGUGGACCUGGACGUAGACAUGGACGUGGACGUGGACAUGGACAUGGACGUGGACGUGGACGUGGACAUGGACAUGGACGUGGACAUGGACAUGGACGUGGACGUGGACAUGGACCUGGACGUGGACGUGGACGUGGACGUGGACGUCGAAAUGGACGUGGACGUGGACGUGGACGUGGACGUGGACGUAGAAAUGGACGUGGAUGUGGACGUGGACGUGGACGUGGACGACGUGGACGUGGACGUGGACGUAGAAAUGGACGUGGACGUGGACGUGGACGUGGACGUGGACGUGGACAUGGACGUGGACGUGGACGUGGACGUGGACGUCGAAGUGGACGUGGACGUGGACCUGGACCUGGACGUGGACCUCGACGUAGACAUGGACGUGGACGUGGACGUGGACGUGGGCGUGGACGUGGACAUGGACGUGGACGUGGAAGUGGACGUGGACGUGGACGUAGAAAUGGACGUGGACGUGGACGUGGACGUGGACGUGGACAUGGACGUGGACGUGGAAGUGGACGUGGACGUGGACGUGGAAAUGGACGUGGACGUGGACGUGGACGUGGACGUGGACGUGGACGUGGAAAUGGACGUGGACGUGGACGUGGACGUAGAAAUGGACGUGGACGUAGACGUGGACGUGGACGUGGACGUGGACGUGGACGUGGACGUGGACGUGGACGUCGAAGUGGACGUGGACGUGGACCUGGACCUGGACGUGGACCUGGACGUAGACAUGGACGUGGACGUGGACGUGGACGUGGACGUGGACGUGGACAUGGACGUGGACGUGGACAUGGACAUGGACGUGGACGUGGACAUGGACGUGGACGUGGACAUGGACGUGGACGUGGACAUGGACGUGGACGUGGACGUGGAAAUGGACGUGGACGUGGACGUAGAAAUGGACGUGAACGUGGACGUGGACGUGGACGUGGACAUAGACGUGGACUUGGACGUGGACGUGGACGUGGACGUAGAAAUGGACGUGGACGUGGAGGUGGACGUGGACAUGGACGUGGACGUGGACGUGGACGUGGACGUGGACGUGGACGUCGAAGUGGACGUGGACGUGGACCUGGACCUGGAUGUGGACCUGGACGUAGACAUGGACGUGGACGUGGACGUGGACGUGGACGUUGACAUGGACGUGGACGUGGAAGUGGACGUGGACGUGGACAUAGAAAUGGACGUGGACGUGGACGUGGACAUGGACGUGGACGUGGAAGUGGACGUGGACGUGGACGUAGAAAUGGACGUGGACGUGGACGUGAACGUGGACGUGGACGUGGACGUGGACGUGGACGUGGACGUGGAAAUGGACGUGGACGUGGACGUCGAAAUGGACGUGGACGUGGACGUGGACGUGGACGUGGACGUAGAAAUAGACGUGGACGUAGAAAUGGACGUGGACGUAGAAAUGGACGUGGACGUGGACGUGGUUGUGGACGUGGACGUGGACGUGGAGGUGGAAGUGGACGUGGACGUGGACGUGGAAGUGGACGUGGACGUGGACAUGGAGGUGGACGUGGACGUGGACGUGGAGGUGGACGUGGACAUGGACGUGGACGUGGAGGUGGACCUGGACCUGGACGUGGACAUGGACGUGGACGUAGACAUGGACGUGGACGUGGACAUGGACGUGGACGUGGACGUGGAAGUGGACGUGGACGUGGACGUGGACGUAGAAAUGGACGUGGACGUGGACGUGGACGCGGACCUGGACGUGGACAUGGACGUGGACAUGGACGUGGACGUGGACAUGGACGUGGACGUGGACGUGGACGUGGACGUAAACGUGGACGUAAAAAUGGACGUGGACGUGGACGUGGACGUGGACGUGGACGUGGACCUGGACGUUGACGUGGACGUGGACGUGGACGUGGACGUGGACGUGGAGGACAUGGACGUGGACAUGGACGUGGACGUGGACGUGGACGAGGACGAGGACGUGGACGUGGACGUGGACGAGGAGGACAUGGACGUGGACGUGGACGUGGACGUGGACGAGGACAAGGACGUGGACGUGGACGUGGACGUGGACGUGGACGUGGACGAGGACGUGGACGUGGACGUGGACGUGGACGUGGACGUGGACGUGGACGUGGACGUGGACGUGGACGUGGACCUGGACGUUAACGUGGACAUGGACGUGGAGGACAUGGACGUGGACGUGGACGUGGACGUUGACGUUGACGUGGACGUAGAAAUGGACGUAGACGUGGACGUGGACGUGGACGUGAACGUGGAGGUGGACGUGGACGUGGACGUUGACGUGGACGUGGACGUGGACGUGGACGUGGACGUGGACGUGGAGGACAUGGACGUGGACGUGGACGUGGACGUGGACGUGGACAUGGACGUAUACGUGGACGUGGACGAGGACGUGGACGUGGACGUGGACGUGGACGUGGACGUAGAAAUGGACGUGGACGUGGACAUGUAG